CUCGGAAGCUAUUCGGUCUGAAACAGAGCGAUGUGGUUGCUGUCAGUGUUGGUGCCUCUUGUCAGGCUGUAUUUAUGCGGAAUUAAAGUUCUUCUCUAUCAGAUGUUCAACAGAUCCUUUACGCUACCAGGGGCAACAGAUUCAAUUUUAUUAAUUGAUUGCUGUGUGGCAGCAUCUUAUCUGACAGAUGAACUGCUCCAAAGAAAACAGUCUAAAGAGUAAUUCCUCCCUGCAGCGUCAGGAACUGGAUCAGUAACACUCAGUGACCUGGCUGUGAUUCUUACCCAAGCAAAAUGGAAGGGUUGCCAUUGUGACUGGGGGUACCAGAGGAAUGGGUUUUGAGACAGCGAGACACCUGGCAAGCCUGGGCAUGCAUGUUGUCAUAGCUGGGAACGAGAAAGAAGAGGGCACAGCAGCGGUCAGGAUGAUUCAUGAAGAAGGCAGCAAGGGGAAAGCUGAGUUUGUCUUCAUGGACCUGACUUCACUGAAAUCCGUGCAACAGUUUGUUCAGACGUUCAAAGACAGAGGUCUCCCCCUCCAUGUUCUGGUUAACAAUGCUGGAACCAUGCUGGUUCCUGAGACACAGACAGAGGAUGGCUUUGAGUUCCACUUUGGGCUCAACUACCUCGGCCACUUUCUGCUGACCAACCUGCUGCUGGACAUGCUGAAGAGAUCAGGAAGACAGGGCUGCUGCUCCAGAAUCGUCAACAUGUCCUCUGCUACACACUACGCAGGAGUUGUGAACAUGAAUGACUUAAACAGGAGGAUCUGCUACAGUUCCCAUGGUGCCUAUUCCCAAAGCAAACUGGCUCUGGUCCUCUUCACCUACUACCUGCAGGAGCAGCUGACGGCCAGCGGCUUCCCAGUGACCGUCAAUGCUGUGGACCCCGGCAUGGUGGACACAGCGCUGUAUGACAACCUGUGGAGCCUUGCGCAGGCACUGAAGAAACCAGUGGCCAAGAUACUGUUCAGGACUCCAGCAGAGGGAGCAUCCAUAGCCAUCUAUGCUGCAGCUGCCCCUGAGAUGGAAGGGGUCGGAGGCUGUUACUUGUACAAUGGCCAGAAGAGGCAGUCCUCCGACAUUUCCUAUGACUCUGAGCUACAAGCCGAGCUGUGGAAGAAGAGCUGUGAGCUCACAGGCCUUCAGGAGGCCUGACACACCCUGCUGUGACCCUCACACAGGGAGAGUUCUACAUUUUCAUCUGAGUGAUGCCUCACUUUAUAUCGUUCCAACAUGUAAAUAUCUAGAAUUCUAAUCUGUAUCAGGAUGUCUGAUUAGACCGCUGUUCAGGUUAAAGUUGAUUAGAGCUAUGCUGGUUAAUUUUAAGUACAACUAAAGGUGCGGUCACAUGACCAUUCGCUCUGUCCCUUAUUCACUUCAACUGAAACCCACACGACUGACAAAUUCAAGCAUGCAGUUUCUGUUUCGGUGUGAUCCCUAAAAGCUUUUGCAGCACAUGGCAGUGCAGGCUUCGGCGAGCUCCGUGACCGUCUGUGAGGAAGGUAGAGUGUAUUUGGUCUGUGACCUGGGAGAUGAUGAAAAUAAAUUGCACUUAGUUUUAUUGUAGGCUAUUUUAUAUGAUAACAUGCAUGCACCUUUGUAAGAAUGUAGAACAAAAAUCCUGAAUUAUUUUGGUUUGAUGAAAAUUUGAAGUUGGACUGAGUGGCAAAGUGUGGUCUAGUUUUAUUUCUAAAGCUUGCAAAAUUAGCCAAACUAUACUGAAUAAUACACGCAUACAAUAUGAGAUCAGUUUAUAUGUGAUGCAUGACAAGUAUGAAGACAUAUAGAAUAUACUAUUCAUGUUCUCCUAUAAUUUGUAUAUUUGGUCUCACACCUAUGUACAUGGAAAUUGAUAGUCUGCCUUGUAAGCCUGUUUGAUGCAAGAUACUACAUUGAUAUCAGAAUACCCCUAAAGUGAGGCAGAUUGAGAAGUGGUAUGCCACUCAUGUUCUAGUAGCAUGUGUCGAAUCUAUGUGUCGGUAUAUUACUGUUGGUUUUUGGUAUGCUGCUGCUGUUCUACUGACUAAUGGCACUUAGAAAUGUUAUGUUGCUUUAGUUCCACCAGCAUAUACAGAUUCUUACUGACAUAUGCUGCUGUAUGCCUAUACAGCAUAUCACUGCUGUUCCACUGACAUGUACCACUUCUUGCAUUAAAUAAACAAAUAAAUGAUGUCAAUUUUACAUAGUUAUCUGUAGGUGGACUGUAGUAUAUGACAGUGGAAAAUCAGUGACUUACGGUUUAGUACCAUAAGCAUACAAAAAUCAGUUAAAUUCAAUUUUAUUUACAUACUGCCAAUUCAUAACAGAAGUUAUCUCAUUGCACUUUUCCUAUAGAUCUUUUUAAUAUAACAGUGAUAUAGUACUCAGAAUCAACAUAUCACAUAGCAUCAGCCACUUUUUGAUCUCUGCGCUGCUGUUUCCCUCUAGCUUUGCUAUUGUACAAGGUCUUUUUUAUCUGAUAAUUAGAGAUCACUGGGCUUGCUAUCACUCACCAUAGUGGAUGACUUUGGUAUCUGAUCACUUAGCAGAUCAGACUGAUGGGACUGAUUCCCAAAAUGUUGGCGUCUUCCUUUUAGAGCCCAAUAAAGCUGACAUCAUGACAAACUAACAAGGAGGUUCUCUUGAAAGAGCUAAUGAUAGUCAUUUAUCAGAGGAGGGAAUCCAAGCCGAACCCCAAUCAUCAUGUGUAAUCUGUGUAAAACUGCCUCAGCUGUUCACUAUGUUAUUUUAAAUAGAAAUGGCUCUGUUUCUGCACCGUGUAGAUUGACUCCCGGUAUCUGUAUGUUUUAUUUUUCUUGAACAUCAGCUAAGGAGCCAAGUAUGGAGUUUUCCAAAUGCACUUUGUAUUUAUGUUUAUAGGCACUAAACCAGACUUUAACAUGGGUAUCAUGCCAGGUUUUCUAGUAGAGCAGCUUUGAGCACAUAAGCAACCUAAAUGCCUUAGCGGUGCCUAUUUAAGCCUACAAAUGAUUCUCUAUUGAUUUUUUUAUAUAUAUUCUGCUUCUGUCCAUUUAAGUUUCCAUAUGUGUGAUAAAAUGUGAUUUGUGAGCAUGUAAAUUGUAUAGAAUCAGCAUUCCACAUUGUGAUUUCAUCUGGAGAUUUUUCACUAGGGUGGACUUAAAUUAAAAUUAUUUGUGUCCUGUUAAUUAAGUUUUCAAUAUAUUUUAACUUGUUUAUUACUGUGCCAAAAAUAAUUCAAAAGUGACUGUACAAGAUCUAAUUGUUAAAAAACAAUAACAUCAGCAUAACAUUGUCUUAACUCUAGAGCUUAAAUGGAUUCAGUUUUAGGGUAGAUCUCCCAUUUGGAUACCACAAAAUUUACUUAUUUAGCCUUAAUGAAAUUUUUUACAUUCAUAUUAUGCAUCAGCAUUACAGAGCAAUAUUAAAUAGAAAUUAGAAAUUAUUAUAAUAUAAUUAUAAUAAUUAUAUUAGAAAUCAAAGAGCCCCCACAUACUAAUGGCUUUAGCUUUAGCUGACAAUCCAAAGUUUUUGCUAAAAGCAAAGAUGUUAACAACGUUAGAGCCUGUGGGUACAAAUUAUUAAAGUACAAUUACUUUUCUUGAUUGUGACAUUUAAGUAAGUGGCAAAAGUCUAUAUUUUUCUUGUCAUUUUUUCCAUGAAAAGAACAAAACAAACAAUGAUCAAUCCCGCAUACACCAUGCUGCCGGAAAUACUUACACAAAAUGUGUAUUAAUGUGCUGCUGAAAAUAGUUCCCAGCAAAUGCACUAUUUCGGCCUUUUUGAGUAACAGUUGUUAAAAACUACAAUGACCAGAAAAUAUAGGAAAUUACUGAGCCUAUAGGAAAUUACUGAGCCUUGUUAAAAAAAGAAAUCAUAUGUGUGUGAAGUGCUUUUAAAGAUUUACAUCUUCAGUAGGAACCAAUGGGCUUGGAGCUGAGAGCCACAGAUAGGGAAGUCAGAAAUUAUGGUUUUGGUCUUUUUAUGGGAUUUGUUGACAGUAAGAAAAAUAUAGCAUAAUCCCAGCCUUAUCCUUUAACAUUUUCUAUGUUCUAUCAUUUUCUAUCAAUUUCAAAUAUGUACAGAAAUAUUUUUCAAAUUGUUAGUUAUAACAUCUAAUGAAUUUUGGAUGUGUAUUUUCCAAGCAAUAAGUGUAUAUCAAAAAUCUAUUUUAGUGUUGUGGUUCAAUAGUUGCUUGAAUCAGUGAAAUCCAGUGAAAUAAUUUGUAUUUGUAAUUGUGUAUCUUUCCAUGCUAAACUACUGCAAGCUGCCACAUUAUGAGUUUUAAUUCAUAUAAUUGAAUGUACAGUGUCCCUUGUCUGCUGAUCAAGACAACAUCACACUGUAUUGUGUACACUGCACAUUGUGUCCAAUUUCAGACACCACCUCCAAAUUUCGGGAAAGUAAUAAUGCAGGCUAACUGUCAAGCUUAAAUGUGCCACAGUUGUGUUGGAAGUUGUUUAUUAAUUCACUCAUUUUGUUCAAGCUGUGAAGACAAAAAACAAAGACAUGAAUUAAAGACCCAACCAUGA